GCUUUAAAGUCUAUGGGAGAGACCUCACCGAGGCCCAAUAUUAAAGUGACCUCAGACACUACAGUAACAUUUCCAACCUGAGGAUGGCGUAAUAUCUUACCUUGUGUAAAGAGAAGAACACGGAGAAGUGGAGAAGCAUGCCGUCUCUCCUCAGCAGGCUGAUGACAGCUAUUGUCUUCAGCAUGCUGUCCUUCGUGCUGUCUCGAAGCUUCUGUCAGGCUGCAGCGGGAGUCAGCCGCAGAUCCUACCCGAUCAUUGGUCCCGAUAUUCGGACGUACACAACCCGGAGCCCAGCCUGCGGAGGAGCGUCUGAAAACGCUUCAGAGGUGACCUACUCGCAGCUGAAGACCAUGCUGUCCACCAGAGACAUUCAGCUGUUCGACGUGAGAAAUCCGGAUGAAUACGAAGCUGGACGCAUCCCAGAUUCUGUCAACAUCCCACUGGGUCAACUGGAGGAGUCUCUGAAGCUGUCCCCUGAACACUUUGAGCAGAGAUUUGAGGUGAAGGCUCCGGGGAAAGAUGACGACAACUUGGUGUUUUACUGCAAGAGUGGCAAGAGGAGCAACACUGCGCUGAAUAUUGCCCAUCAGCUGGGAUUUAUGAGGGUGAGACAUUAUAAAGGAGGAUUCAGUGAGUGGGCAGAACAAGAGGGGAAAUAAUCAUCACCAAGGUAAAUCGACAAACAGCCGGAUCAAAGCUACAGAACAGGAAUGUGACCAUCUGUUGCAUUAGAGCAAUGUUUUUAUCACAUGGACUGGAAACGAAUCACAGCUGGGAUUUACUGCUCCUUUAAAGCUGUUUUCCUCAGAUGUUUUGAUGUCGGGUCACAUUGCUGUGAAGAAAAACUGACUAAUGUGAAAUAAUUGAUGUUAAUAAAACCUUAUGAACAUUUCAA